UCAAGCAUAGACAGAGUUGCAAAUAGGGGCCAUGGCUGCCACCAGUUUCGUAACAGCGUCACUUCUUCUCAGAAGGGCAGCUCUGCCUCUGGGUUUCGCUCUCUCUCAUCCUCUCAAAAACAACAGCCUCUCUCACCGCACCACCCUUCUCACUUCUCCUCUCACUCCUCGUUUGACUUCUUCAGCUUCAGGAUUAUGCCAGUUAGCUCAAGCUGUAAAAGGGGAUGUUUCUGAGUUACUUAAAGGUGUGGGAGACAAAACUGUUGUUGAAGAAGUGAAGCGUAUUCUUGACAUGGCUAGACGUGCAUCAUCAAGAAGAGAAGUUCUCCAUACGAAUUUCCUAACCCCUCCGGUGAUAGAAGAGUCAAUGCGAGCGUUGACAAAGCUAGCAGAUUUGAAAGCAGUUUCUCAGGGUGGAUACCCGCAGGCUGAGCGGUGUCGGAUAUCUGUUGGACAUCCAGAAGUUUUGACAAGUGAUCCUGACAUAAUUGCAGCAUUGAGUAUCACAGGAAACUUUGGGUUCCAACCUUGUUCUCAUGGAGACUUCCUUGGAGCGAUUCUUGGUACAGGGAUUGCCAGGGAGAAGGUUGGAGAUGUUAUCUUACAGGGGGAGAAGGGUGCUCAGGUCAUGAUUGUUCCGGAACUCAUUGACUAUCUUAUGACAUCACUUGACAAGGUUGGUAAUGUCCCAGUAUCUGUUACUAAGAUACCGUUGAUCUCCAUUGAUUACGAACCACCAAGUACAAAGUCAUUCAAAACCGUAGAAGCAUCAACGAGGAUCGAUGCUAUAGCUAGUGCAGGUUUUAAGAUUUCACGGUCGAAGCUAGUUGACCUGAUCCGUGAUGGGGAUGUGCGCCUCAACUGGACCCCUGUUACUAAAAACGGAGCUACACUCAGGGCUGGGGAUAUUGUAUCAGUUAGAGGAAAAGGAAGACUGAAGAUUGGAGAAAUUAACACUACACGGAAGGGGAAGUUUGCAAUAGAGUUGAUUCGUUAUUUGUAAGUUUUGAAACGGGUUUUGAUGAAACAUUUCUAUUCUUGGAUCUUAUAUAGAUCAAACAUGGGGAACUAACUUAAGACCAGAGGCCUCUGCAGGCUCUCCUACAGAAUCAAAAACGAUAUCCAGCAAUGAAUUUCGGGUUUAUUUGCAAGUUCAAAGAUGCACAUAGUUUUACUCAAAGUAAUAUAAUACAUUUGUUUGUUGUCUUAUUCAUAUUCAACACUUCUUGUCUGUGUGAGGAACUAUGUUUGUAACAUGAUAAUCAAACUUAUUUAACAUAAUGCAUUCUUUUAUUUAAGAGUGCCUAGUCUGUGUCUAACUAA